GGAGGAGAAGGAGGAGGGAGAGUUGAGGGGGGGGAAGGUUCUCCUUAGGCUUUUUUUAAUUCCUCCCCCCCUUCCAUGAGACGCCCGGUGGAGCCGAAAGGAGCCGGGCGAAGCUCAGCCAUGCCUCCCGGCCCGCCCGCCGGCACAUGGGGAACCGCUGCCUCGAUGUCCCCCUGGCGCUGCCGCCGCUGAGGCGGAGGCUCCUGCUGCUCUUCAUCAUGCUCUUCCUCUGGCUCUAUAUGUUUUACUCCUGCGCCGGCUCUUGCGCCGCCCGCGGCUCCCCGGUGGCGAAGGAAGAGGGGAGCCCCGGGGAGCAGCAGCAGCAACAGCGGGGACACCCCCUUCCUUUCCCCGUAGCCCCUUCCAGCCCCAUCUCCAGCUUCUUCAACGGCUCCGGCACCAAGCGGCUGCCUCAGGCCAUCAUCAUCGGGGUGAAGAAAGGGGGGACGCGGGCGCUGCUGGAGUUCCUGAGGGUGCACCCCGACGUCCGCGCCGUCGGGGCCGAGCCCCACUUCUUCGACCGCAACUACGAGCGGGGACUCGCCUGGUACAGGGACCUCAUGCCCAGGACCCUGGAGGGACAGAUCACCAUGGAGAAGACCCCCAGCUACUUUGUCACCAAGGAGGCCCCAGCCCGCAUCUCCUCCAUGGCCAAGGGCACAAAGCUCAUCGUGGUGGUGCGGGACCCCGUCACCAGAGCCAUCUCGGACUACACCCAAACGCUCUCCAAGAAGCCCGAUAUCCCCACCUUUGAGAGCCUGACCUUCAAAAACAGGACUACGGGCCUGAUCGACACCUCGUGGAGCGCCAUCCAGAUUGGCAUCUACGCCAAGCACCUGGAGAACUGGCUCCUCUACUUCCCCAUCGGGCAGAUCCUCUUUGUCAGCGGGGAGAGGCUGAUCAGCGACCCCGCGGGGGAGCUGGGCAGGGUCCAGGACUUUCUGGGCCUCAAGAGGAUCAUCACCGACAAACACUUCUACUUCAACAAAACCAAGGGGUUCCCGUGCCUGAAGAAGGCAGAAGGCAGCAGCAAACCCCACUGCCUGGGGAAGACGAAAGGCAGGACCCACCCCGACAUAGACCAGGAGGUGGUGCAGAGACUGCGGGACUUCUACCGGCCCUUCAACAUGAAGUUCUACCAGAUGACGGGGCAGGACUUCGGCUGGGACUGAGGCUGGCGUGGGAAAGUCCCCUGUAAUUACUUGCCCAGCACGGUUUGCUUAUAUAAAGAGAUAUAUAUGUAUGUAAAAUGUACAGAAAUCUAUUUUAUAAUAAUUUAUUUUUAAUUCCUAAGCAAUUAAUUCACUAAGCUGCCUAACCGCACUGGCUAGAACGGUAGCCCGUAACCUGUUUAACAUUCCACGGUGUUUAAUUCUAAUAUGUUUCUCCUUUUUGUUUUUUUUUCUCCUUCUAUUUUCUCCUUUUAUUGGUUUGGUUUGUAACAGACGGUGCUUCCAUUUUUCCUAAACGAAAUUUGUAUUUAAAAA